CAAGGCAGAUACCGCUCACUAUACAUAUUUGUCAAUCCUUUCCCUGUAGCUCCCGGCAGUCACUGCUGUCAUAAGAUAUCUACCGACCGCUGGUCUGGUAUUCACAUCCAGCCUCCAACGGACCAAGGCCUGUACUACAUCUCUCAACACUCACACAAUGGCUUCACCCGUUGCCAACUCCAUGAUGGAGACCGUUGUCCGCAGAAGUGGUGGAGGACAGGAGGAGGACCCCACCGCUCCCCUUGAGAAUCUGAACGUCAUGCACUACCUUGGCUGGAUCUGGGUCGCCUUCGUCGGCACCUUCUUCAUUUACCAGGUCCUCUUCCACUUCUCCAAGUACCUGCGCACAUUGGCCUGCCUCAACAACGACACUCAGAGGUACUUCGCGACACCAAAUGUCGUCUUCGCUACCUUCAGGAAACACUUCCUCGACGCCCCGCUCUUCCGCACGCGUCACCACCGCGAGUUCAAGCUCUCGACCGCCAUCAACGUCGGCACCCUACCCAGCCGACUUCAGACCUUCAUGCUUUUCGGCUACUUUGCCACCAAUGUUGGCCUGAGCGUAUGGAAGAUCGACUGGAGCCAGAGCUACUCCGCCGCUGCUGGUGAAUUCCGCAACCGCACCGGUGUCAUGGCUGUGAUAAACAUGAUCCCCCUGUUCCUGCUCGCAGGUCGCAACAAUCCCGUCAUCAAACUCACUGCCAUCUCUUUCGACACGAUGAACCUGAUCCACCGCUGGUUCGGACGCAUCGUUGUCCUUGAGGCUGUUGCGCACACCGUUGCAUGGAUGACCAACAAGGUUAUGACUAAGGGAUGGGGCGCCGUCCAAGCAUCAAUUACUGGUAGCACUUUCAUCAUGACUGGUUUUAUUGGCACAGUAGCCUUUGUAUUCCUUCUGAUCCAAUCCCCCUCCCCAGUGCGCCACUCGUUCUACGAGGUCUUCUUGCACGGCCACAUUGUCGCUGCUGCUGUCGCUGUCGGUGGUGUGUGGGUUCACUUGGACGGUAUGGUUCAUCAGAGGAUGAUGUACGGUGUCGUUGCCCUUUGGGUCAUGGAGCGCGCCUGGCGUUUCUUCCGCCUCGUCAAGGGCAAUGUCGGAAACGGCGGAACCCAAGCUGAUGUUGAGGUUCUUCCCGGUGAUGCCCUCCGCGUCACAGUCCGUAUGGCCCGCCCCUGGACCUUCCGUCCCGGCCAGCACGCGUAUCUCUACAUUCCCUCCGUGGGACUCUGGACCAACCACCCUUUCUCCGUCGCUUGGAGUGAGGAAGAAGAGGACCUCAGCAUCACCAGCAUGACCGCUGACGAGAAGGGUCUUCCUAUGAACCGCCAAGAUAUCCUUGAAGCGCGCAAGACGAGCAUGUCCUACAUCAUUCGUCGGCGUACUGGUUUCACCGAGAAGCUGUACAAGAAAGCGGAUCUCUCUGCUGCCGGCAAGUUCUCGUGCUCGGCAUAUGUUGAGGGCCCCUAUGGUGGCGAGGAUCUUAGCUCCUAUGGUACAGUCAUGCUCUGGGCUGCUGGUAUCGGUAUCACGCAUCAAGUUCCUCAAGUUCGCGAGAUUGUCGCUGCUUACGCCAACGGUACCACCGCCACCCGAAGGCUCACCCUUGUCUGGAUCAUCCAAUCUCCGGAGCAUCUUGAGUGGAUCCGCACAUGGAUGACGCAUAUCUUGUCCAUGCCGCGCCGUCGCGAGAUUCUAAAGAUCCUCCUGUUUGUCACAAGACCUCGCAGCACCAAGGAGAUCCAUUCGCCUUCGUCCAGCGUGCAGAUGUUCCCUGGUCGACCCAACGUCCAAGCGCUCAUCGACCAGGAGAUGAUGGAGGGUAUCGGCUCAGCAUGCAUAACGACCUGCGGAACCGGCGCGCUCGCUGACGAACUCCGCCGCGCAGUGCGCGAGCGCGAGACGCAGUGGAAUGUCGACUUCCGCGAGGAGUCGUUCUCUUGGUAAACGCUCUGGGCCCAUUGUUGCUCGACGUCACAACGGCAAAACAUCGCGGUGCCCUUCCGUUCUUCCACCUGACUUGCUGGCUACAUACACUCAAGUCACGGCAUACAAUUCAGCGCUAUGGCAGGGAUCUAAUGAUGUCGUUCUAUCUGUCUAUCAUCUUAUUCUCCUUCAUGUAUAAAUUUCUUACCCUCCUUCCUUCACUCCGUUUUGGACCGUCUUGUUGA